CGCCGUACCAGGCAUCUUCUUCCGCAUGUGGCACGGCUGUGCCUGGUAUCAACUUUCCUGGAAGAUGGUAUCAGAAUGUGGUUUCAGUGGGACGAUCAAAGGCAGUUUAUGCAGGAAUCAUGGUCUUGUGGUUGGUUCCUAGCGACUAUGUUCGUUGUCUACAACUUCUUUGGACAGUUCUUGCCUGUGAUCAUGAUCAUGUUGCGAAAAAAGGUGGCGAUCGCUUGUGGUGUGCUUGGAUCAAUUGUACUUCUACAAACUGUUGCUUAUCAUAUUCUAUGGGAUCUGAAGUUCCUUGCCAGAAAUGUGGCUGUUGGUGGAGGACUUGUACUACUCUUGGCUGAAACCCAAGAGGAAAAAGCAUCAUUAUUCGCUGGAGUGCCAACCAUGGGAGAUUCUAACAAGCCAAAAUCGUACAUGUUAUUAGCUGGACGAGUUCUACUGAUAUUCAUGUUUACGUCGCUACUUCAUUUCGAAAUGAGCUUCUUGCAGGUAAUUGAAAUUGUGGUGGGAUUCGCGCUGAUCAUGCUUGUAUGUGUUGGCUACAAGACGAAAUUGUCCGCAAUGCUUCUUGUGGUCUGGUUGUUCGGCCUCAAUCUAUGGCUUAACGCUUGGUGGAAUGUACCAUCUGAUCGAUUCUACCGUGAUUUCAUGAAAUACGACUUUUUCCAGACGAUGUCUGUUAUCGGAGGUCUGCUACUGGUCAUCGCUUAUGGUCCUGGUGGAGUUUCUGUUGACGACUACAAAAAGAGAUGGUAA